UGCCGUAAAACCUUAAGGAGGGAGAAGACACUGACACUUCAGUACAGUAGGGGGCGAUAUCCACCUUUAACGAUGUUUGCGAUCCGCCGAGAAACAGAAAGAAGAAGAAAAUUGCUGAACCUCUUCAUUGGAGAAGAGUUUUCUUUGGCCAAACAUUUGUCGGUUUAUGGAAAACAUUUUGAAUAAUAAUAUAUUUUUUUGAAAAGUUGCUAAUGGGGUCUUAAGUUGCCAGGCAACAAAAUCGGUAAAUUGGCAACACUGUCACGGGGGUCAAACCUGCAACCUGGUAGAGAGAAAAGAAGAUGCCAGCAGCAGACGAAUCGCUAGGUGUCAACAAAGUUGUGGACAGCAUCUGUAAGCUUUCUCCAGAUCUGUUGGCUGAAGCAUGUGGCCAUAUUCUGACGUAUCUCCAAGGGCAAACUAGAGGAGUAGACUCAGCUUUAAUUUCUGAUGGAUUUCAGAAAGCUGGAGUCAGAUGUGACCAUGAAGCUCUGCAGAACAUUGUCAGAUUUCUCUUGUUAACAUUCAGGUCAGCUGGGAAGAGUAACCUCUCUGGGGAUGACCUUGUGUCGAGGCUGGAAGAAGGCAGUAACAAGUGGCCCAAAGCUUCCCUCCAGGUGUUGCACCGGUUGUGGAGUGAACACGGUGCAUUAGUCCAUGCUCAGCAGGAGGUCCAGGCCAUGCUCAGCAUCGGUCAGUUAGUAGACAUGCAGUGGAAGCUUGGCAUGGCAGUGAGCUCAGACACCUGCCGAUCUCUCAACUCCCCAUAUGUGUCUCUGCGGCUGAAGAUUGUUGAGCCCUCUGGACAGAUUUGUCAGAGAUCUCUUGAGAUGACCAUUCCACAGUUCCAAAACUUUCACAAGCAGUUCAAGGAGAUGGCAGCUGUUAUGGAGACUGUGUGAUGGACGCUUGUGGAAAUGACACCCCCAGUUUACACGUAACCAGCGGGAGAACAGCUUGGCACAGCAGUAGACACACAGGUCUUCUGGCUGUUUCAAACUGUGGAUACCAAUUACUUUGUCUGCUUUGCACUUCCAUGUUUCCACAGAUUGCAUAAGCUCCUAAAUGAUUUACCUUUAGGACCUCCAGCUGUUAGAAAUGUUUAAAGUAUAUACUUGUACUGUACACUCAGUUGCCUAUUUAUUACGUACACGCAGCUAAAAUGAUCAGUGAUAUAAAUGAGGUGGACAAAAUAAUGGAGACACCCAUAAUGCAAUACGGUUCAACUAACAGCACAUCAAACUACAUCCUCCAAAAUGUUUACUGGUUUGAAUCUACACCCUCUAAAACAAUUUAAACAAAAACUUUAUAUUAUAACCUUCAUGAAGGAAGGAUUUACUUACAGGACUGUUGCAUGUAUUAGUUUGAACUAGGUGUACCUAAUAAACUGGCGACAGUGCAUAUCUACACGGCAAAACCCUGACUAACAAACUAUUUGAAUAUUGUGCGUCCUAUAUAUCUAAACCAACAAACAUAUGGUUUAGAUUAAUAACAGUUUGCACUAAACUUCGGUUCCCUUCUGGUCUUUUUGUUUACCACAGAAUGAAAAUACAUUUCCACAGUGAACGCAACCUUUGCUUAUGUUGCUGUAUUUUGUAUCUAAGGUAAGAGAUUGAUUGGCCAACUGUACAACAUCCUGUAUACUUUAUAGUUUCAUUUUGUGGCUAGAAUUUCACAUAGACUUUGCAGUACACGUUUUAGUUUGAAAAGUUUGUGAACUGGUCCAAAUGAAGUUUUUACAGUCCUUGUGCUUUUUUUUUUUGUUUACGUCUAAAUUAUGAAAAUGUACUUUUGCUGUUUGUGUUUUUUUCCCUGGUAAUGCUGAAAUGGCUCAUGUGUGGUUUUUCUACUUUGGUCCGUCCUCACUUUGAUGCCAUACAACAAUGAUGCAAUAAACAAUUCUUAAAUGUAAA